CAUACAGAAUGCUGGCCAAAGUGCAUGUGAGCUGUAGCAUGCGGCGUUCAGAGCAUGUUCCUCUUUUUGUCCUUGUCUUCCCUACUUGCAUUUCCCUUUCAUUUUCUCAUCACCGCUGGCUGAAUAUAGUGGACGUUCCUGUAAGACUGCACACCCUGUAAUCUCGUUGUCCAGCUGCAGUCCAUUCUGGAUCCUUGAAUCCAGCAUUUGUGUCUCCCACAUUAUCCCAUACUGGAUUUUCUUAUUAAUAUGACAUGUCUUGGUGAUCAGCCUCUAUUAAACAACAACAAAAAAAGAAACAACUCCUGUUAUUUAGCAUAGACCAGUGCAAUGAUGGCAGAAGGACGUGAAUUUGACCUGAACUACAUCACAGAGCGCAUCAUCGCCGUAUCCUUCAAUCACACAUGUCCGGAAAAGACCUACCUACACAACUUAUACAACAUCACACAGAUGUUACAGUCCAAACACUCCGACAAUUACAUGGUUAUUAACGUCUCAGAGCCCAGGGAAGAGCUUAGGAGGAUAAAUGUCAGGGUCCUGGAUGUUGGCUGGCCUGAACUGCAUGCUCCAUCCCUACAUUCAUUGUGCUCUCUGUGUAAAAGCAUCGAGAACUGGCUCAACACACACAGCGAACACGUCCUUCUACUACACAGCAGGGGCACAAAAGACCGGAUAGGAGUAGUCAUAUCAUCCUACAUCAACCUUCCUAGCAUCUUUAGCAGGGAAGAGAAUGCUUUAGACUGCUACACCAUGAAAAAGUUCUACAUUGAUAAAAUGGCUUCCCUUAUGACUCCGUCCCAGAAAAGGUAUGUGCAGAUGUUUGGCAAGCUCCUGGUCCAUCAGAUAAAGAUAAACUCCUCUCCUCUCCUCUUCCACUGCAUCUCUCUGAAGCACUUGCCAAACUUGCACCCUACAGUAUGUGGACUGUUUGUGAGAGUUUACCAGGACAUGCAGCUGGUGUGCACAACAGGAAUACAUCAGGUCUCUGUGGGGCAAGCAGACAAAGUGUAUUUUGCACUGGAACCACCACAGCUUCUCAAAGGAGACAUCAUGAUUGUUUGCUAUCAUAAGAACCUUGCCAAGAGGAGCAGAGAGAUUGUGUUUCGCAUACAGUUUCACACAGGCACUCUUCAUGGACACCCUUCAGUCUUCCACAAGAAGGACCUUGAUCUUGCAAACACAGAUCCCAGAUUUUUGGAGGAAGGAGAAGUGGAGCUAAUUUUCUCAGAAAAAAUGGCAACAAUUCCAGGUUUUCCACAAGGCAGUGUUGGCUGGAAGAACAGCUCUGCGGUUGUCAUUGACUAUGACAUUCUGGAUCCUCUAGUUCACUGGGAUUCUUAUGAGAACAUUACAGCAGGAGCUCAGCUGACUGAAUGCGCAACGUCCUCCGUGAGCAGUGAUUCUGGACUCUCCACUACGUCACUGAGUAUUGGAGCAGCAGGCGCAGGACUCCAGAGCCAAAAAGCCACUCUUCAGGUCAGCAUGGCAGGAGAGCCGCCUCGUGCGCAAGUCCUUACCUCUGAAAUUGCCAUCAUAAGCGACGGAGAUGAGAGAGCGACAGAAAAUCUUCAUUAUAUAGACCCUGCUUUUCACAUGAAUGGUCAAAGCAUGAGUGAACAACGAGAAACCAAUAUCCUAGACGAUGAGGAUGAAAGUACAUCUGUUGCUAUAGUGUCCGACUCUAAAGAAACAGGCUUUAAACUUCCUGUUUUGAGUAGACAUGAAUACCCGGUUCAGUCAGAAGAUGCUGGACACACUCGCACACCAUCUAGCAGUGAUCAGACACACAUAUGGGUGAAGCAGCAGCAGCUAGUCUCUGUCAGUUCUUACAUGUACAACAUGUCGGAUAGACUGGAACAAAAAGUGCAAUCAGGGAUUAAAAAUGUCUCUUUUGAGGCAGAGCCAGAGGCAAAGGAUGAUGAAUUUGCUUCCCUCGCCUUGGAUAUUGACCAGUCAAUCGAGCAGCUGAACCAACUGAUCCUAGACCUGGACCCAGAGUUUGAACCUGUACCCACACUGGCCAGAGGUCAUGUGACUUGUUCAACCACCAACGGAGUUGGAUACUUAGUUGGCCAAGCAAAAUCCAGCCAAUCAGUCUGGAGGAAUAAGCCGAUUACUAAUGAGCCUGCAUCCAGGUGCAGCGAAGGUGAUUUUUUCCAGCCGUUAUCAAAUCCUGCUGUCUACAAAUCAUCUGAGUGUGGAGGUUUGUAUAGUACUGACACAGUGGAUUUCAGUCAUGGGGCUGACAGUCUGUUAUGGGUGGAUCCUAACCAACCUCCACAGACACCAGCAUUUCCUGUGACGCCUCCUACACCUUACAUGAAGGGUGUGUAUGACUUUUCCCGUGUGAGUCUCAGCUCUCCGGCUGGCACACAGCACCUGCUCUCAAGGACACAGCAAGAAUCACGGGGAUAUAUGGAUAAUAUGACACACUCUUCUGUGUCGUCAGACGGAGACCUGUUUCACGCCGAUGUAACAUCAAGGCCCGCCCCAUGCCAGAGAGGGUUCGGCUCCAUGCGCUCAGUGAGCACUUCAAGUCCACUUCCCAACAUAGACAGCCCUGUUUCAGCUCAUUCAUGGUUAGAGAGUGGUUCUAACACGCCUCUGAGUUACUACACACCCCAGCCUUCACCUCCACCAUCACUUUCCACCCCUAAUGCCCACAGCUCCCCUCGUGCCCUGCCAUCCAGCCUUGAUGUAGGGAACUUGGAGCUUAGUCUACUGGAAGCAAUGGAGGGUCUGGAGUCUCUGGGCUUGAAUGGAAGACAGCCACCGCUGUUACCUCAGAAGAGGAGAGGGAUGGAUGGAGGAGAGCUCUCCCUGAACUCACCAUUCUGUCUAAGUGGAGGUUCCAGUAACAACGGGUCACCUACUGCGUCUUCGCCAAGUCCAGAUUCCUUUUCCAGUAAAGCAGUCAACGUCAAAUUUGUUCAAGACACGUCAAAGUUCUGGUAUAAGCCGGACAUCUCCAGAGAGCAGGCCAUCGCGCUGCUGAAAGACAAAGAGCCCGGAGCCUUCAUCGUCAGAGACAGUCACUCGUUCAGAGGAGCGUAUGGACUUGCCAUGAAGGUGGCCACACCCCCUCCUUCUGUCCUACAGCAGAGCAAGAAAGUUGGGGAUCUGACCAGUGAGCUUGUGCGUCACUUCCUGAUCGAGUGUACACAGAAAGGAGUGAGACUGAAAGGCUGCCCAAAUGAACCCUACUUUGGAAGCUUGACAGCUCUCGUGUGCCAACAUUCCAUCACACCACUGGCCUUGCCCUGCAAGCUAAUUAUCCCAGACAGAGACCCUCUGGAAGAGUUGAACGAGUCUCAAGGACAGACUUCGACAAACUCAGCCACUGAGUUACUGAAACAAGGAGCAGCGUGUAAUGUGUGGUUCCUGGGCAGUGUGGAGCUGGAGUCUCUGACUGGUGUACAAGCAGUACAGAAGGCCACCACAGUGAGUCUCAGUCAGGAUCCUCCAACCACCUCCACCAUCGUCCACUUCAAAGUGUCUGCACAGGGCAUCACGCUUACAGAUAACCAGAGGAAAUUGUUCUUCAGGAGACAUUAUCCUGUCAACACGGUCAUAUUCUGUGCCCUGGAUCCUCAGGACAGAAAAUGGACGAGAGAUGGCUGUCUGAAUGCAAAGAUCUUUGGCUUUGUAGCCAGGAAGAGUGGGAGCAACACGGGGAACGUGUGUCACCUUUUCGCAGAGCAUGACCCCGAGCAGCCGGCCAGUGCUAUCGUCAACUUCGUCUCCAAGGUGAUGAUUGGCUCCCAGAAGGCCAAAUAAAGUCAAACGUGCCCUUGUCGUAAUCCACUCUGAAUGAAAAAGGCAUGUGACAACUGUUUUGUGGACGUGUGGACUGGUGUCACCAAAAAAAAUCAACAUUUUUUUACCUGCACAGGUGACAUCAAUACUACUGCAACAUAUAGACUACAAAAAGAGGAUUAGAGCAUGACCAUUGCUCAGUGUCCUUGAAAUGAGCAAAGGGCCACUCGUUUGAGCUUUCCUUUGUGGUUCCCUUGUGCCAUUUACACACAUCAUCCAAUAGAGGGAGUCCUAUCAUCUCAGCUUAAAAUAACUUUAAAUUGCCGGCUAUGUCGGUUGCAAAAAAGAAGCAGCAUGUGAUCUGCAUACCAGAGCUCCAGUCUGUACUCUGCAAAAUCUGCAGGUCGUGUAAGAAUCCGUUUCCAACAAGCCCUUUGUAAAUUCCUAGAACCAUUUCUCAGCACUGUUUUAUUUCUCAGUGCUUUCCCAGUGACAUGCAUCAGUGACACCUGCUUCUUGAAUUAAACAGAAGUCUCUGUAACAUCUGUCUAAAAGUAUUUUGAUUUUAUUUUUGGUUCGGUUAUCAGUGUUCAGAUACAGAAUGUGGGUGAGUCAAACUCUUUAAUAUCCAUCAAAAAAAAUAAAUAAAUUAUGGCAGCUUCACCAAAUUCUUCCUGAAACUGGACUGUGUCUCUGUUACUGCCAUAAAUUACAACAUUUUUCAUAUUUUACUAAUUCUGAUAUUACUAAUCAGUGACAUAUUCUGUAGGUAAGAUACACUAUAUUGCCAAAAAUUUUAGGACGUCUGUCUUUACAUGCACAUGAAUGUAAUAUGGAGUUGACCCGCCCUUUGCAGCUAUAACAGCUUCGACUCUUCUGGGAAGGCUUUCCACAAAGUUUAGGAGUGUGUUUAUGGGAAUUUUUGAUCAUUCCUCUAGAAGCGCAUUUGUGAGGUCAGGCACUGAUAUUGAAUGAGAAGGCCUGGCUCGCAGUAUCCGCUCUAAUUCACCCCAAAGGUGUUCUGUAGGGUUGAGGUCAGGACUCUGUGUAGGUCAGUCAAGUUCCUCCACACCAAACUCACUCAUCCAUGUCUUUAUGAACCUUGCUUUGUACACUGGUGUACAGUCAUGUUGGAACAGGAAGGGGCCAUCCCCAAACUGUUCCCACAAAGUUGGGAGCAUGAAUCCAAAAUGUCUUGGUAUGCCGAAGCAUUAAGAGUUCCUUUUGCUGGAACUAAGGGUCCAAGCCCAACACCUGAAUUCAGUGAUUUGGAGGGGUGUCCCAAAACCUUUGGCAAUAUAGUGUGCAUCAUCGCUCAUAUUUUGUCUAUACUUCUUGUCUAUGUGUUAUCACUUCUUUAAUAAUUUGACCAUAGGAGCACUCCGGGCAGUGGAUGGAAUUUGAUCACUAAACCAAACGAUUUGUGAGCUUUUUCUAUUGACUAUUGACUGUUAACUAUUUUUAUAACCAAUUUAUCAGCCUAGUAAGACUCAUGAUGAAUCAUAUUUAAUGGAAGUGCACAUAUUUAUUUUCAGCAUUAAGCAUUUUAUUACAUUGUGUUACGAUCUGUUUAGAAAAUGCGUGUAUUCAUCUCAUAAAUCAUAACCAAUCCACCGAGCCAAAGGAUUUUAUUGCUUGUCAGUGGAUUUUUCUUCAACAAGGAAACUGCCUUUUCCUUUUCCUUUGCCUCUUCCGCUGCUAGAUAAGCAGAUAACCAGUACAUUCAGUGUAUUUGAGAGCUUUUAGUGCUGCUUUUAUAUAUAAUUUGUGUAAACGUACAUACUUGUUCAGCUUUAUUAUUUCACUUUCAUUCUGUCACCUUUGACAUAUUUUUCCUUCUCAUUGCAGCAAUUAGUUAAGCAACAUUAUCGAUCAUUGGUGCUUGUAAACUCGUUCAGUUUGCAUUACACACUGAUAAUAAAUGAUGAUGAUAAUAAAUUCUAGUUGCUGUUUACCUUCUCAGACUACAGUACUUGCUAUUUAGAAUUUGUAUACGCAAUUCAAGUCAUCUAAACUGCAAGUGUACUAACUUUAAACAGCACAGAAUGAACAUAUACAGUAUAUUUAUUCUGUAAAUAAAAUUGCAAGCUGUACAAUAGCUCCAGAACUUAAACCCCAGGUUUUUACACCUAUGCAUUCUUUCAGUGUGAAGACAAACAUUUCACUUUUUUCUUUAUUUUAACUCUUUCAGUUGAAAUUGCUCUCUCUCUCUCUCUCUCUCUCUCUCUCUCUCUCUCUCUCUCUCUCCCCCUCCUUCAUAUAACCUCCAUUGCAGUGUAUUUGAUGUAAAUGAUGUAUAGAUAUGUCUACAUCCUAUAUUCUUAUAUAAUAAAAGCAACUGAACAA